ACGGACCCCUACUUCCUCCAAUCACAGCGACGUGUGACGGUCAUGUGAGCGUCGCCAUGGUGCUAAAUGAAGCUAAAGCGGCUAUAUGCUAGAAAACCGAAAUGAGCAGCAAUGACAUUUGUCUGGUUCUUGGAGCGACCGGUGUCGGAAAAACGUUGUUGCUGAAACGUCUACAAAAGCUCAGUUUGCAUGGAUUAGGUGGACUGGGGGACACUCCUCCUACUCUGCCCACAGUAGGAACUAACCUGACAGACCUGACACUGAAGAAGAAGAAGGUGACAUUAAGAGAGCUGGGAGGCUGCAUGGGCCCUAUAUGGCCGAGCUACUUCAAAGACUGCUGCUCUGUCAUUUUCAUGGUGGACUCAGCCAACACUGCUCAGGUAUCUUCCUCCUGUAUCCAGCUGCUGUCACUACUCUCUGCUGAUCCUCUGCACAGUGUCUCUGUGCUAAUUCUGUUCAACAAGAGGGACAUGCCUUGCACUAUGAGUCUCAUAGAAAUGAAAUCGCUGUUUAGAUUGGAUGACAUAAUUGCAUCUGCUACUCAGCCAAUCAGAACACUGGAACUCAGCGCCCGAUCUGGAGAGGGACUUCAAGAGGUGCUGAACUGGCUGGAGUCCAUCAUAGUCAAGUGAACUAUCAUACAUUUGUUCCUUAUACAGUCAUGCAACUCUCAAAGGACUUUGAAUGGCAAGACAUGUCAGUAUCCUCUGUGUGAGUCUGGUUACACACAGCUUUUAAGAGGACUCAAUGAUGUGUUUAGUGUUGGACACACUAAAAUACUGUUGCUGUAUCCUUGGUGCUAUAUAAAUAUGGUCCCUGGUUAUGAGAGUGAAUGGGGAAAGACAUACAUUAGUGAUAUCAUGGCCACGUGGAAUGCUUGUAUGGUUUAACUUCUGUUAAAUCAGCACUACUUACCUUCAGUUAACAAUUUUUGUACUGGUCACUUUUACUCACUAAAAUUCUGCACAGGUAAACAGUGAACUGCUGAAACUCAUGGCUGACUGUGUGUGAUUGUCAUGUUACUCUAAGAACUGGCUUAAUACUGAAACAAAAUAAGCUUUUGCACAGUUUUAAUUACUAGUUACGUGUAAGGAACACAUGUUAGAGGAGCUGAGAUUACUCUACAUGAUGCAGCAGAGUAGUGAUACGU